UAAAUGUGGCUUCUUCCGCGUUUACCUGCAGCUUGAGUCUCACCGAUGGGCGUUGUUUUUGCUAAAUUGAACAGGUCACAAACAGAGCUGUAUAUGUGUGUGACCUUUGGUAGAAAGAGAAGAGAAAAAGGAAAAGGAAAAGGGGAAAGAGAAAUGAGCUGAAAAAGUUGAACCGAUUAAAAAGGCACUUUAAGUUUUGCUUUCGUUAAAGUUAGCUGAAGUUGUCCACAAUGGGAUGUUGCAGCAGCACCGAGAGCAAACGUGACUGGGAACCGCUGGAGGAGCGCAGCUGCACGGACAUCCCAUGGCUCAUCAUAUUCAUGUUGUUUUGUGCUGGGAUGGUGUCUAUUUGUAUCUUUCCCAUCGCCACAGGAGCUGCCUCCAGGCUUCUCUCUGGAUAUGACAGUUAUGGCAACACCUGUGGCAAGAACAACACCAAGAUCGAGGGAGUACCCCUCAGUGGGCGGGACAUGAGGGAAAACAAGUAUGUUUUCUUUCUAGACCCAUGCAACCUUGACUUAAUUAACAGGAAGAUCAAAUCAAUUUCCCUGUGUGUCUCCAAAUGUCCUUCUACUGAACUGAAGACUCUCAGUGAUUUAAAGCAGUUUGCUCUGAAUAACGGAUCUAAGCUCUGCUCCUAUGAUAUUUCUCCUUCAAGAUACCCAAGCUAUCCAGACAAAUGUCCUAAACUCCCUGUUCCUCCAAGUAAGUCUAUCCCAGUGUUGCACCGCUGUGUCCCCGUGGAUAUCAGCUGCUAUGCUGAAUUCGCCCAGGCAUUCAUUACAUUCGUCGGUGACAACAGUGUGCUGCGCCGGGUCACCGCCGGGGUGAUGGCCAGCAAGGAGAUCAUAAUGGGCCUCUGUGUGCUGGCAUUAGUUCUGUCCCUGAUCAUGAUGGUCGUCAUUCGUUACAUCUCCAAAGUCCUGGUGUGGAUUCUAACGAUCCUGGUAAUCAUCGGCUCUAUAGGUGGGACAGCCGUCCUCUGGUGGCUCUAUGCGGACCACAGGAAAGCCCUUGAUAAUAAUGCCUUAUCAGUGUUUGGGAAAGAAGUGGCCUCCGACAAUGUUAAGGCCCUGCUUGUGUACGCAAUUGUGGCUACAGUUUUCACGGUGGUUCUCCUGCUUGUGAUGUUCUUCAUGAGGAAGCGAGUGGCUCUCACCAUCUCCCUGUUCCACGUGGCCGGUAAAGUGUUCAUCCACCUCCCCCUGCUGGCCCUGCAGCCUUUCUGGACCUUCAUGUGCCUCAUGCUCUUCUGGAUCUACUGGAUCACUGUGCUCCUCUCUCUCGGGACUUCAGGGACACCGGUAAAAAACAACUCCACGGGCGUCGUUGAAUAUCAAAUGCAAGGGCCUCUUCAGUACUUGGUGUGGUAUCACGCUGUGGGUCUCAUCUGGAUCAGUGAGUUCAUACUCGCCUUCCAGCAGAUGACCAUCGCCGGAGCUGUGGUCACCUACUACUUCACAAGGAAUAAGUCCAAGUUGCCAGUAACUCCCAUCCUCUCCUCCAUGGCACGUACCGUCCGCUACCAUCUUGGUACUCUGGCCAAAGGCUCCUUUAUCAUCACGCUUGUUAAGAUCCCUCGCCUCAUCCUAAUGUAUAUCCACAGCCAGCUCAAAGGAAAGGAAAACGCUUGUGCUCGUUGCAUGCUGAAAGCUUGCGUCUGCUGCCUGUGGUGUCUUGAGAAGUGCCUUACAUACCUAAAUCAAAACGCUUACACUGCGACAGCCAUCAACAGCACCAGUUUCUGCACCUCUGCUCGGGACGCUUUCAUGAUCCUGGUGGAGAACGCCCUCCGAGUGGCCGCCAUCAACACCGUGGGCGACUUUGUCCUCUUCUUGGGGAAGGUGCUUGUGGUCUCCUGUACAGCUUUCGCCGGCGUCCUGGCUCUGAACUACCAGAGGGACUACACUGUGUGGGUCCUGCCUCUCCUCAUUGUGUGUCUGUUUGCCUUCCUGGUGGCCCACUGCUUCCUCUCGGUCUUUGAGAAUGUGGUCGACGUUCUCUUCCUCUGCUUCGCUGUGGACACAAAGUACAAUGAUGGCAGCCCUGGACGCGAGUACUACAUGGACAAGGCCUUAAUGGAAUAUGUUGAGAACAGUAAGAAAAUGAGUUGGUACAAGUCUGGUGAUGGAGAUGGACGGGAGAUGAAGUCCAUGGCACGCGGAGGGACUUCUGCUUGACCGAGCACCAGAAAAAUGCCAAAACCACUAAAAUAAUGCCCUCAGAGCUUUCUUGCAUUUCACUCCAGGGACAUCAUUAAGAUAACAAUGCUACAAACAAUGCAAAGAGUGAUUGUACAUUUAAAGUCUGACACUAAUAGCUUUAAUAUGGCAAAAGCUCAUCCGGGUGUGUUUUGUUUUUAAUAAGAUUGGUUUGUUUUAUUUUUGUCUUUUUCCCAUACUAUUCUAUUUCCCAACUGAGUUUUCUCUUUUAUUCCAGUUAAAAUAAUAUGAAAAAUUUGACAUGGUUUAACAUGUUUGGUUAUGUUUGUUACAUAAUAAGUGUUAGCUAGAUUUAAAUGGUUCCAUGUACAUUUUGAAAUGAAUGGCUAACUGUGUUUUGUCAAAGGCUGUUCAAGUUGUUUUAUUACUUUUCAAAUUUUAUACUCAAAUAAAUUAAAAC